GAUCUUCUCUGCACUCAGUGUGAGCUGGACAUGAUUUCCACAAGGGUGAUGGAUAUUAAGCUUCGGGAAGCUGCAGAAGGCCUUGGGGAGGACAGCACAGGAAAGAAAAAGUCCAAAUUCAAGACAUUUAAGAAGUUCUUCGGGAAAAAGAAGAGAAAGGAAUCACCGUCUGCCACAGGAAAUAGCACUUGGAAACAGAGUCAGGCGAAGAGUGAAGUGAUUGCCGUUGAGUCGGGGCCAGUGGGCUAUGACUCAGAGGAUGAGCUGGAGGAGUCGAGGGGCACGCUGGGCAGCCGGGCCCUGUCACACGACAGUAUUUUCAUUCCUGAGUCGGGACAGGACCCUCCUCGGCCUGUGCGGGUGUUUUCCCAAGAAAAUGUGUGUGACCGGAUUAAAGCCCUGCAGCUAAAAAUACAGUGUAAUGUGAAAAUGGGGCCGCCACCUCCUCCGGGGGGCCUUCCUGCCAAGCGGGGAGAUGACACCGGCAUGAGUUCUGAGGACGACGGUCUGCCCAGGAGCCCCCCAGAGAUGUCCCUGCUGCCUGACAUCGGUCCCGGCACAACCAUAAAGGUCUCUUUAGUUUCCUCAUCCCGGCCACAGUCUCCGGACCAGCUCUUCUCCAGGCACGCAAGCGACGCCAGCAUCCCCCCCCGUAUCUCGGACAGCAGCGUGGCACCUGUGGCUGAUUUCGAUUACCCUCCAGAAUUCUCCUCCUGCCUGGACAACUCUGCAGCUAAGCACAAGCUCCUGGUUAAGCCCCGCAACCAGCGGUCCAGCAAAAUGAGGCGGCUGUCUUCGCGAGCACAGUCUGAAUCCCUUAGUGAUCUGACGGGUACCCCCGAGGAAGAGGAAUACGAUGAGAAGUCAUUACCCAGAGUUGGCACAGAAGAGAGCCCCAGUUCUGCACAGCAGGAUGUGGUACUGGACAGAAGCCCAGAGCCCGGGGGGCCAGCCACCAUGCUGCAACCCGGGGGGCUGCGUGCUAGGCGGGCACGCCUGCAGCACUGCCCAGCCCUCAGUGCCAGCGCCGAGGAGGAGGAGGACAGCUUCCUUGGGGAUAACCCCUCCAGCCGCGCAGCCACCCCCGAGGUCACUGACCCUGUGUCAGGCCCGGCUCCCUGCUCGGAGACCCUAUCUCUGCCAGAAGGUUCCCCACACCAUAAUCCCAACAGUGAAAACCAGAGGGAGGAAGUGUCCCUGGAAAGCACAUGUCCCCCAGCCAGGGAAACAGCUGAUGAGGUGGUUUGCCCUUCUGGAGACGUGGAGAUUCGGCUAUCUCCUUCUAUCCCUGAGGAGGACACGACACCUCCUGAGACUGACCCUGCCACCACCUCGGAGACUCCCCCUGGUCCAGGGGGGCCAGACCAAAGUGUCCAGAAGGAAGUGGAGCUGACGCUGGAAGUGCCCGUGGAAGUGCCCGUGGCCGUGCCCGAGCCCGAGCCCGAGCCCGAGCCCGAGGGAGCAGGGAAGGGAUAUCCCGAGGCCCCCGCCCCAAGCCCCCUGGCCCCCAAGAGCUGCCUGAAGCACAAGGCCCCGGCGGUGAGCGCGAGCCCCGGCGCGCCGCCCGCCUGCGAGUCGCCUGCAGAGGAACGCACUUCCCGGCCCCUGGACGGAGAGGCCGCCCCCGCCGAGCAGCCCAGGGCCGAACCCGUGGAGCCCCCACAGGGGGGACCCGAGAGGCUGGCGCCGGAGCGGAAGGUGGAGCGGGGAGGCAGCGAGCUGCGGGCCGUGAAGUUCUCGGUGUCGUCGGGCCGGAUGUGGCCGCGAUCAGGCAGCGCCCGGGUGCUGGAGCACACCGGCCCCGUGGGCGCCUCGGCCGGCCGCCUGCCGCUUCUGAAGAGCAACCUGGUCUGGAGGAGCGAGGCGGCGCUCGACGACCUGCAGGCGCCCCCCGAGCCCCAUGGCGGGAAACCCGCGACGGCUGGCAGCGGUUCUCGGGCCUCGGGGGACUCGGCGGCCGGGGCGGGCCGGACCCCCCGGGAUGCCCCUGGAGACCCCUGCCCGGCCGCCCGCGAGCCGCCCUCAGGGGAGGACAGAAGACCCUUUCCCGUCAAGCUGCGCUCCACUUCUCUGUCCUUCAAGCACAGGGAGGUGUCCUCUGUCGAGGUCAGAGGAAUAAAGAGAUACAGUACUGAAAUCCGGUUAGGAAAAGGGGGGCUGGCUUUGCUCCCCAAAGACGAGAAAUGUCCGGUCGCGAAGGCCCCCUCCCCUCGAGGGGCACGGUCCCCGCACGAGCAGGGAAAGGGGAAGGCCCGGCCCUCGGAGCCGCUCAGCGCCAAGCCUCCCCUGCCCAGGAAGCCGCUGCUGCAGAGUCGCCCCCUGCCGCCCCCAGACACCAGUCCCAGUCCCGGGGAGCUGGCGAAGGCCGCGCCAUCCCCGGACCCCAGACGGGAGAGCCGGAUGGCCGAGACGCGGUCGCCGCACAGGGCAGCUGAGAAGGGUGCCCCUCCUGCAGCCGAGGGCCAGCCUGCACCACCCUGGAUCACCAUCGCUCGGCAGAAGCGACGAGGGACCUCGGACCAGCCCCCAAACCAGGAAGACAAGCCCGGGGCCCGCACCAUGAAGUCUGAAAUAGGAAAGCAAGCCAAGGCGUCCGAGAGAGCCCAGGAGCCCAUGAAGCAAGCCGACUUCGUCCGCAGCAAGUCUUUCCUGGUGGCUCCUGCCAGGCCCGCUGUGGACCGGAGGCAGGGGACAAAGCUCUGCCUCCAGGAGGGGCUGCAAAGAGGAAUCUCGUUGUCCCAUCAGAACUUGGCUCAGUCUGCAGUGAUGACGGAGAAAGAAUUGCAUCAGCUGAAGAGAGCCAGUUAUGCCAGUGCAGAUCAGCCAUCCUGGAUGGAACUUGCCAGAAAGAAAUCGCAAGCUUGGAGUGACAUGCCCCAAAUUAUAAAAUAGGCUGACAGCCUGCUGCUAAAGAAUGUCCACUACCUUGACUGGUCACUGAGUCAAAAACUGCCAGUAAAUCAAGGCAAACAAACUGUGAAACUGAAGAGUGAUUUUAUCAUCAAGUUAGGGGAGAACGAGCUUGGGGAAGAGGAGGGAACCAGGCCAACAAAGACAGACACACAGCCACAAUCCUGGGCCCGAGGUGCCCUAAAACAAGAACACCAUUGAAAAGGGCCAGGAACAAGGUCUUUUGCCCAAAGGUAUGAAUGUGAGUCUUUGAGAAUUCCCUUGAUAAAGAGGGCUCGGGCAGGAAGAGAGUGGUAGUGAACCAUGAAUGCCGAAGUCAGGAGCACCUGCAAGGUCCGAGGAGAAGGUCUUCCAGGAGAACGUGUGUCUCUGCUUCCACCCGAGAUCAACCUGUGUUUCCGGUUCUCGUCUUGCCUGUGGAUCCCGUCUUCUUUCAUGUUUACUAUUAGGCAUGACAUUUUUGGUAAAACAGGGAUGCCAUUUCCAAGAGCAGCUAUAAAACCGUCUUCCUGAAGAUAGUCACUCUAAGAACGAGUGGAUGGAACAUAGCCAGGUUCAUCAAUUCACAGACUGUUUCCAAAAAUAAUUUUUAGACUUUUCCACAAGGCAUCUGUGUCCUUAACCAUUGCACAAUGCAUUGCCUGUUCAAUAAAAGGUUUCAAACAUG